CUGCUUUGAUGACAUGGUCCAUGUCCUGAAGGGCUGGCUCACCUCAGCCAACGAAUGGGAGCGGGAGAGAGCCCUGCAGGUUUGUGCCCAUGUGCUGGGAGCUUGCAAGGAGCGAUUCGAGCUCAUGAGAGGACGUCCUUGCAAGCGGUUCGGCUCCCUGGUGGGAUUGCUGGCAACUCUGACCAGCGACUGCCUGGCCACGUCCCGCCAGAGGGCAUGGGUCUGCCUUGGCUACCUUCUCCAAAUGCAAGCCAGGACCAUGGAGGUGGUGCCUCAGGCAGAUGAGAUCAGGUGCCUUGGUGAGGAGCUGAACAGCCCAGACACCGUGCAGACCUGCGCCAAAAUAGCAAAGGCUGUUUGCAAGUGCAUCCCUCCAGCGCAGGCUACAGACUUUCUGACUGCGGUCCUGCCCAGCUUGCUGCACGUCACACCCACGUGUGUGAAGCCACUAUGGAAGUGGGUGUUCAUCUUCCUGGUGGAAUGCAGGAAGGAAAUAGUCCAGGAGGUGCCAAAAAUCCUGAAGACCCUUUGCACCUACAUGCGGCAGAGCACCCACAGGCCCUUCCUGCUCUGGGCCGUGUUUCUCCUCGCCCACUUUCACCAGGAGCCCGUCAUCAGCAGUCUCCUCCGGAAAGGUCUGCCCAUGGACAGUGACACGGUGGAGCUGUGGAGGAGCCUGGGGAGAAGCACCAUUGGGAUUCAGGUCCUGAGGUGCUUAGUGGAGAAACUAAACAGAGCACGAAACAACUGCCUGGGGACCAACUCCUCCGCUUGUGAGUGGCACAACCAUGAGACUGCUCUGGAGACUUUGAUGAUCACCCGUGCCAUCUCCGAAGUGGUGCUUGCCCUGAGGAGCACAGAGGAGCUCAGGCAGCUGCUUCCCCACCUCCUUCCCAGCCUCCUGAGGUGGGCCAGCGAAACCCUGGGCGAGGAGCGGCUGCUUUCCCCCCUGGGAGAAGGCGGAAGACAACUGUUCCUCAAGGGCCAGGUGCUUGAGGAGAAGCCGUGCAGGGUUUUCCUUAUGGCUUUAGAGUUGGUGCUAGGCAAAUGCAUGGCAGAGAAGUGGAUGCGGCUGCUCAUGAAUCGGGCAGCGUGGGCUCUCCUUGAAGACCCCCUGACCCAUUCUGAUGGGGUGCGUCUCCUGACCAGCGUCCUGGUCCAUGCUGGGCUUCUAUCACCCUGUCUGAAGCAGACCCUCUUCCCAUGGCUGGAUUCCUGCUCAGUUAAGCUGCGGGUGACAGCUACAGCCUUCUUUGCUGAGCUCUCUUGGGACUGCAGCACAACAAGGACCCGCGAGUGAAGCAGGCACUAGAGGAGUCUCUGCACGAUACCUGUCCCCAGCCAGCACCAAGGAGUUAAUUAAAUAAAGCUCAGCACAAG